CCUUGCGUCACAUUUCAGGAAUGUUUUGAUCAGUGGGAUAACAUCCAUGGCUGUAGGUAGUUAAAGCUGUGGUUGCAUGCCGAUCCGGAAGAUCUCGCCGCAGCCAGGCACUGUCCCGGCUGAGUGAGCCUUCCACAGCAAACAGGAUUUCAAAGUCAUCCUGAAGGCCAAGCUCCCCUGAACUAGGUCCCAGAGUACAAUAUUGGGGGCUGGUUUACGGAGUACUCAAGUACCAUCUUGCUGCCAAGACAGAGAUCUGCUUUAGUGCCUAUCAUCGUUCAUGGGUCAUGGAAGCCAUACGCCCGCCUUAUUGACUUCAUCUGCGCGGGAUCGUGUUAGCGUCCCUAGGCCCUGUGUAUAGAUCCCAAAUACCACUUUACAACUCUCCAUGAGCAGUACAGCGCUGGCAUCAUUCUACUCCAAGAUUUUGAAGCCUUCCACCGCGAUGACGAUGACAUCUCCCACAUACCAAGAAACUCGGGAUUUCUAUAAACUGCAUACUGGUCAAACGGAAUGAUACAGUACCCAAGCUAGAGACACUGCGGGACCACCCUCCCCGAAUAAUCUAUGUCCGCCGCGAGCCAGGUCAUCAGAUGAUGGCCCUAUGCUUCCUGUGAUACUGCACUACAGCUCACGCUAGGAAAACCAUACAUGAGAAAACACAAUGAGCGACACGCAGUCGCGAUGGUGGGAGCCCGAAAAGCGAAGCACAAGCACUGUGCUAGUAUACUGCAAAGCAAUUCAGUGCAAGGCUUGGUCACUGCAGAAAUAUGGAAUACACCCCUCACGCUGGCAAGUCUCCAGACAAAAGAUGGUGUGGAACAGGCCAAUGCAGGACAACAUUGUGGAAUCUUGGUGUGGGUUAAUAUAUAUGCACCCAGAUCUCCUUGAUGAACAGGCAUAG